GCAGAAGAAUUUAAACAAAAUGAAAAUCAAGCUAAGGCUAAUAAACUGUUAGCAUUUAUAAAGCUACAUGAUGAUGCUUCUGUCCUAGAUUUACAUUCUUUAUCAGUAAUAAUAAUUUAAACUUAUGUUAAAGAAAAACUUGUACUAUUAUAGAUUUUUUAUUAGGUUCAAGACGCUAUUUUAACAUUGAAUAUAUUUUUGGACUACCAGAUUUCUUUAUUGAGACGUGCUAAUAAGACUCACAUCAAAAAUAAAAGACUGACGAUAAUUACUGGCCGUGGAAAACAUAGCCCACACGGCCGCCCUUGUAUAAAGCCAGUGGUCGACCAAAAAAUUAAAGCCAGAAAUUUAGUGUAAUAUAAAACUGGUAUAUUAAAUUAUAUAAUUAUAUUUAACAUGCAAUUUAAUUUUAGAUACUUUAACCAAGAUCAAGAUGGACUAAUAAUUGUUUUGAUAAAUAAGAAUUCUGUUUGCAGCUCAAAAUAUUAAGUUACCGAUUAUAAUGUUUAAUUAUUUAUUUUUAGUUUAGACUCCUAACUUACCAAAAAGGUUAAUUAGUUUUUUUAUUUAUAAAUAAUUGAUGUAGAUUUAAAAAAUUGUGUAACAUUUUUAUUUAGACUUAGUAUUGUUUAAUAUUUUUUACUGAAGCACUUAAUAUUUUGUUUGUAUACAUAUCUUUAUUAUAAAUAUGGAUUCUUUACUGCCAUAUACAUUUUAAAUGUUUUUAUAUUACACAGUAAUGAUAAUGAACUAAUUUAAACAACAUUUUCUACUUAUUAUAUUUAACAUUUUUACUGUGAACAAAUAAUUAUUUUUAAUGAUUAGGAUUCUAAUUUAAAAAUAUGAAAGAUAUUGUACUUUAUAUAUUAAGAUUGUUGUUCAACAGAUACAAAGCUAUUAUCUGUAAAAAAAAAUUUUUUUUUAUAACCAUUAAUAAAAUAACUUUAGGCGAGGCUAAGUUUGCUUAAAUAUUACCAUCGUUAAAUCAUAGUCUUUAUUUAACAUUUUACAUUAUGUACUUUUUUUUUAUUUCCAGUUAAAACAUGAUGUUUGAAAACAUUGUUUAGUAUUAAAUAUUUAAGAUAGAAACAUAACUAAAUAUCAAAUCGCAUAAAACAAUAUAUUUUAAAUUCAAAAGUAGUCUUAUUUUGGUUGAAAUAGUUAUACAUAAACAAAAUAAUUAUUGUUUUUAUUUUUAUUCUAUCUAAUCCCCAUAUUGUAAACAUUACAAAUUUAGUAGGCAUAUAUUUAUAUCAUCCAAACCAACAAAAUACAAAUGUUUAACUAAUUAAAUAACAAAUAAAUUUACACAAUUAAAAUAUACCUAUUACAUAUAAUAUUCUAUAAUAAAAAACAAUUCACAAACAAACAAAAUUAAGACCCAUAUAACUAUAAAAUUGUAUAUAAAUGUAUAAAUGCUGAAAAACUGUACAUUAGGCAUUCUGUUUUAUCAUUAGUAAUUUUUGGGUCUGGAAUAAUAAGGAAUUUAAUAAAUAAUACACAAAAUACUGUAACAUGUUAUAUAAAAAAGAAAAUAGCAUUUAAAUAAAAUUACAAGUUUCUUAUUAUUUCUAUUCACCACCUUCAUUACCUCAAAACAAAUGUAUAAUAAAUAUGAAUUACUGUGAUGGAUUAUAAAAAGUUUUAGAUGUUUGAUUGGUUUCGAAUAUUGAAUCUGGUGCUAAUAUAUUUUCUGUUGGUUUAUUAUUGCUCAUUACAUUUACAUACAUAUCUUUUACUCCUAUAAUAAUGAUAAAAUUAUGUAAUGUUAUAUAAGGUAUAUUUAUAAAAUUAAUAAAAAAUAUUUAGUACCUCGUUUUCUUAGAAUUUUAAAUUGAUUAUGAUUUUGAUUAGCAGGAGAACUAUUAGCAACUGGAUUAAAAUUUAACUCUGAAUCCAUAGGAGGGGCGACUUGUUGAACUGUUUCAUUCCCAAAAUUGUCACCAAUAGUCUAUAGUAAAAAUAUUUUAAUAAAUCUCCUAGAUAAAGUAAUGAUAAAUAUUUACAUCAUCAUUAUUAGAUGGCUUCCAAAAUUUAGCUAAUCCGCCGAACCACGCAUUCUUUUCUUUUUGUGGACCUUUAUUUUCUAUAACUUUUUUUACUGGUGGUUUAUUUUCACUAGUACCCGGUACCUGUUAAUAAAUGCAUUUGAACAUUUUUAUAAUAACUUGUAUAAGUCUCAUCAUAAAACAUACUUUUGGUUCCAGUUCUGCCAUUUGACGAUCAAAAAAUCCAAACUUUGAUUCUGUUGAUAUUGUCUUUUUUGUUUCAGCCAGCAAAGUGAGAUCUUGAGUAAUAGUAGAUACUUCUGAAGUCAUUUCAAUCUGAUUAUUAUCACUAACUGUUUCUCCAGUUAAAAUCAUAGAUGUAGGAUCAUAGUAUUGAGAAUAAUCUAAAAAGUAAAAAAAAUUGUAUUAUUGUAUAAUACAGGAUCCCACACCAUACUGCUUUAUAUUUAUAAAUUCUCUGAGGGAUGUAUUUUACAGAUUAAUAUAUGAGUAUGAAAGGAAUAGAUUUAACUUUCAAAAUAAUUUUAAAUAUGAAUAGAAUACUUUAGUCAAUAACAUUUAAUCUAUUAAUCAAUAGUUCAUAUUUUUAGCAUACAAAAGCAAUUAAAAUUUAGAGGCAUGUUAAGCAAAUAUGAACUUAUGUUAUAUUUGAACUUUAAAACGUAUAGUUUUAUGUUUAGACUUAGUACAAUAUAAAAGUUAUUAAUAAAGUUUAAAUUCAAAUUUAUGUUUUAAUUGAGGAAGACCUUGUAUUAUGUAAUAAAUAAAUAAUAUAUAUAUUUAUUAUUGUAAAUAAUUGUUUAUGAAAUGUUUUGAUAACAUGGAACAGGAGAAAAAAUUGGUUUUUAAUGUAUUGUAAUGUUUCGUUAAUACUUCACUAGAUUUUAUGUUCAAAUAAAAUAAAGUAUUACACACAUACAUUUAUAUUUUAACAUCGGAUAAACUUAAAUUCAUUUAGUAUUUUUUUUCAAUCUUCAAACAAUACUUUUAGGUCAGAAUAUUUUAAUAACUUAUAAUAGAUUAAUUAAAUGAGAUAAUGUAUCUGAAAUGUAUUUGUUUUGAAUAAAAUAAAUUUUCAAAAUAAUCUUAAGUUCAUUUAAAAAUAUAAUGUAUAAUACAAUUUUCUUUUAAUAACCAAAUGGUAUCAAUAUAUUAAUCUUUUAAUAUUUAAAAAACAGCUCAUUACUCGCAUACAGCAAAUUGCAAUAAAGAUUAUAAAAUAGAGCAUUAAAACAAACAAUUUUAACAUUACAAUUUUUCUAUAUUGAUUCCUAAAGACAUUUUUCUAGUUAUUAAUUAUUAUUUGGUAAAAUUAAUAUCAAUAAUAAAUUGUUUAAUGAUUUAAUUAAUAUAAAAUUCAAUUUUAUGAUAACAAUUUUUAUUAACUAUAAAUGAAAUAAAUUACAAUUUGUUUUGUAUAGAAUCAAUUUUUAAUAAAAAAAAACAGUUGAACAUUUAUUUUAGACAGUUACUAAGUAUGUAAUUUUGUCAAUUGAUUGUAAAUAAUACCUAUUACAAAAAAAAAUUACCAUAAAUCAUUAAAAUUAAUUUUACUAUUUUAUAAUAAUAGUAAUCAGUGUCCCAAAUAGAUAAAUCCAAUGUGAUAUCUCAGUAAAUAUUUACUAUUUGUGUAAUUAUUUUUUGACAAUUUAAGAAAAAUAUCAAAUUUUAUUAUGACAAUUAUUUUUUAUAUGAAAUGACUACCUACUUUUUUUAUUUUGAAAUGGUAACUUGUAUUAAAAAUCCCAUAUGUAGAUGAAAUAUUAGUUUAAAUACAUUUUGAUGAUUAAAUGUUUAAUUACCAUAAACCUAUUGACAGGUUUUUCCACUUUUAAAUUUUGGUACGAAGAGUAGUGGAGCUUCGUUUUAUAGCAGGACAGCACACUACAUUUUAAUCAUUACAUUUCCAUCACUACCUAAACUUAAUAGUGUAAUAUCUUGUCAAUGGACUGACAGAAAUAAAAAAUUUCAAUACCAAAAAUGUAUUUAACUAAUACUCCAUCUAUUUAUGUAAUUUUUAAUAUAGGUUACCAUUUGAAAAUCAAAAGUAUGUAUUAAGUAAUUUCCACCCCAAAAAUAAUGUAACAUUUUAGAUCAGAAUUUUUCUUGAAUAGUUUUAAAAAAAUUUAAUAAUUUUGAGAUAUCAAAAAGGGUUUGUGGGAUAUUUUGUAUAUGCUCUAACAUGUAAUAUACAGUAGGCCAUAACACUAAUUUUUUAUGUCAAUUGUUUACUUUAUAAAUCCAUAUGUUCUUUAUGGCAUAAAAGAAAAGAAAAAUAAUAACAAAAGAAUAGAUAUAAUUUUUGAUGUUUGUAUUAGAAAUAUAGAAUUAUCAUAGACGUUAUCAAAUAUAAAAUUAUGGGCAUAUUAAUGUGAUAAAAAAAAAAAAUUCACCUUAAACACACAAAUCAUCUUUUUAAGAUAGUGCGUGAUAAUUUUAUUGAUAAUUUUUAAUUGGAAAAGUUAUAUUUAUGAACAUAAACAAUCACAAUGGGACAACACUGUACAUAUUAUAAAUUAGUGUAACUAAUACUAGAUGAUAUCUGUUAAUACAAUUUAAUUUUAAACCUAAUAUAGUAGCAAUGAAAUAUAAACAACAGUAUAUUAUAAUUUGAUAUUAAUCUAUAUAACAUGUCGAAUAAAUAAUUAAAAUUAUUUAUAAUUUAUACAAAUAUCUUCCUGCCAAAGAAAAAUUAAUGAUAAUAUUUAUUAACGGCUUAAAAUUUAAGAAUUGAAGUUGUAUUGAUUAUUAAUUUGUGAUAAAUAUUUUUUAUAUAAACUAUCAUGCAGUAAAAUUAUUUCUUAUGUGUAAUUGUUGUGGUAAGUAUUUACAAUCAAUUGAUAUACAAUCAUUCAUUUAUUAAGUAUAGUACUAUUACAUUGUAUUAUUUAUGUAGUUAACUCCAUAAACUAAAUUCUAACAAAAGAUAUAAUAUUCAAUAUUUGCUAAUUUAACAACAAUAUUUUAUACAUCAUAUAAAAAGCAAGUAAAUAAAAUUAUAUUUGCAAAAAAUUACUUUGUAAAAAGGUAGAAUCAUUGUUCUAUUUUGUAAUUAAAGUAAAGAUAAAUGUUACAUAAGUGUCUAUAGGGACUAUGAAAGACAGGUCAUCAGUGAAAUGGGCGAUUUUAAAAUAGAUAUGUGAUUUUUGUAUAAAAUAAUAUGCUUCUGCUUAAUAAAUUGACAUUUUAAAUUCAUAUUAAAGGAAACGUAUCUAGAAUGAAAUUAAAAAAAAAAAACAAACAUUUUGUAGUUAAUAAUUACCACUAUAAGUGAAAUAACUAUAUACAAAGAAAAAAAAGGAAGUUUCAAAGAUUAUAAAAAUUAAAUAUUAAGUAUGACUAUUCUAUGGGCACACCAUACAGCACAUUACAUAAAAGAUUAAUUUAGAAAUGUCUUUUAAACAUUGGGUAAUGAAUAUUUUAAUCUAAAUUCACUUAGAAGGGUAUAUGUUUCUGUUUUGUGUGAACAUGUGUUUAAAUAAAUUUCAUGAUUACACGAUAAAUCAUUGUUGAUAAGAUACCAAACCACUUAUAAAUUUAUUUGAAAGUGAAUUUGAAUAUAUUUUUUAAAUAAUUUCCUAUGCAUAAUCAUUUUAAAUAUUGAAAAUGCAAAACAUACAUUUAACCCCAAGUAAUUAGUAAUCACAAAUUGUUGGAUGACCCAACAACACAUAUUCACGGUAAAUUAAUUUUAAUCAAAAUGGCUGUGAUGGAAUUGUUUGUAUGUUCUCCGUGCUCAUGAUUUUAAUAAAAUUGUGUGAGAUAGACUAAAUAUAGUAACACAAGUGAAAGAUGACAUGUCAAGAUACUACAAAUUCGCAUACUGCAAAAUAUCAUGUCCAGUUUUCAGAAAUACCUUGAAAAAUGCAAACUUUGAGAUGGGUGUUAACUCACAGAUAUUAUUUAUACUAUAGAGUGGUAUCUAUCAACACCUAAAAAUUUAUUGGGGUUCUUUAGUUAUUUUAAAAUCGCUCAUAUCGCUAUCAUGAAGCAGUAUAUAAAUAUGAUAAUGGUCUUACAUUUACAAAAAUGUAAAUAUAAAAAUAACAAUUUUUGUUGAUUAUCCAUAAUAAUAUAUAAAUAUAGAUAACUAUUGGUUGAAACUUAAUUAAGUCAUUCUGUAUUUAAAAAUAACCUAAUAGGUACUAAUAUAAUUGUUCAUAAAUCAUAAUAUUACCUAUAAAUAUAAAAUAUAUUUACUUUAACUAAUAUGAAUUUUUAAUAGCUAAUAGAUGUUAUUUUUUUUAAAUAAAAAACAAAAUUAAAUUAGAAGUAUUAUGUGUUUAAAAUUUUAAAAAAGAAAAUAUUGUAUGUUUAAAUAAAUAAAUAAAUAAAAAAAAAAAAGGGAGUAUAUUUCAAAUAAUUAUAUUCUAUGAAAAGAAGCAUUUGGAAUACAACUGUAAAACAUUAUACUGUGACAUUCAAUAAAAAAAAAUCACAUCUCUAGUUUAAUAAAUAAUAGUAUAUAUUAGUUGCAAUUGUAAAAUUUACCAUUUUGAGGUGGCGGCGGUGGUUCAGGUGUCUGUGAAAUAGCAUUUGGUUGCCAAUAAGAAACUGUAGGAAGAUUUGGAGGUGGCUGUUCAACUAUUUGUAAUGGUACUUGAGGUGGUGGUGUUUGAUAGUUGGUAGAAUAAUCUAAACUUGUAUCUGGAACCUAUAUAUUCACAUAAAGAUUAUUUCUUCAGAUAAAAUUGCUAUAAAUCUUACAGUUUGCAGUAAUUGUUGUUGUUCAUUAUGUUUAACAGAGGGUUCAAUUUGAUGUGAUUGAUAAUUAUCCAUUUGCUGCACUGUUUCCAUUGAUGGCAUGCCAUUAGUAUGGUUAUAAUUCUAAAAUGUUUAUAAAAAUAUUAUGAUCUUAUAGCUAAAAAUAAUAUUUCACAAAUAUUAAUAUAUAUUACUUACACUUCCAAUACUCGUUAAAAAAUGUUUUAAGUCUUCUAACCAAUCCAAUACUUCCAUAUUUCCUGGUAAAUUAUUAUUUGAAAUCUGCAUAUGAUAUAAAUCUGUACUUAGUUCUACUACACUGGCUACAAAACCCAAAUUCACAGAUCCCGGUGAUGAAAUCACCUGUGUAGCAAUAGCUUCCAAAUGAUGUAAUGCAUGAUCACACUCACCAUAUUCGGCUAGGCGAAUCGCCAGUAAAUAUUUAUAAGGCUAAAAAUAAUAUAAACCAUAAAUUUCACAAAGAGAUAAUAAAACUAAAAAUUACCAGAAGACUAGGAAUAUGAAAAUGAUUCAGAUUUAAUCGCAUGGAAAACUCAUAAGCACUAGUUAAUAAAAUAGCACGAUUUGUAGCCAUAGUAUCGAAGACUUGAUUAAAUGAUGUACCCAAUAGAGUAAACUUAGAAGAUAUCCCAAUUGAUUCCAAUGGUAUUUGGAUAGCCAAAUAACAAAAGUGAGCACCAAAUACAUCACCUUUAGCAUCUAAAAAGUAAUAUAAAAUAUUUUUUUAGAUAACAAAAUAUGCCUUUUAUAAUUCAAUAUACAAACUUAAAUUGUCUCCAAGUUGUAUGGUGGCAUUACGAGCAUUAUUUAUAUUUACAUGUUGAUUACUCAAAAUCAUAGCUAAAUGUUCUCUCCAAUCACCCCAACUAUUAUCCGUACAACGCUGUUAUAAAAAAAAACAAUUAUUAUUCACAUAAAUAACUAAUGCAUACAUUUGAAAAAAUGUGCAUAUAUUUUGGGUAAAUAAAUCAAUAAACUAAUGUUAUGUUAAAACUGAAUUAUCUUAAUUGUGUUACAAUACAUAAUACAUAUUUAAGUAUAUAAUAAAACAAAUUUGAAUUAAUAAAAUAUAAAAUUAAUUUUAAUGGGCAUUUAAUUUUUUUUUUCUAGCUGUUACUUUCAAUUGUUUUAAAUUCCUGGGCCACAGAUUAAGAAAUUUAAAAAACUGUAUCAAUUUACGAUUAGCUAAUCAUCUUAAUUUCCUUAAGUGUUUUCCAUUAAAAAAAAAAACCAUAGCAUAUUCCAAUGAUUUGCUCAGAUUUAAAAAUAUAUUUUUGCUUAGUUCAUAAUAUUUUAUUUUAUUAAAUAAGUUUUAGAUUCUGAGUGCCGCAAAGAAUGUAUUGGUUUUACAAAAAUGUUUAUUAUUAUUAUUAUUAUUAUUAUUAUUAUUUUUUUUUAUAAAGGAAUUUGAAUAAAAAUUGUUUGAGUAAAAAAUUAUGUAGAGAAAUCUAAUUUUUUAAUUUUUAAUUUUGAAUAUAACAUGUAUAUUACGGAUUUAAGAGCGUUAGUGAAAUUAGAAUUGAGCAGACUUAUUUCGAAUUAUAAUUUUUUGAAGUUCUGAUAUUAUGCAGACAUUAUAUGUUAUGUUAAAUAACUCUUUAUUGGGAAAAUCGGUAUAAUAUUAAGCAAAUAGAUAUUAUUAAAGAAAAUAUAUAACGCCUACUUAAUUAUUUUACCAUAGUAUGACAUUUAUUGUUGACAAAGCAACACUAUCAACUGAACUCAGUUCAGAAUCGUUUUUUCGUUAGCAAUGGUUUAUUGUUGCUUACAGAUAUAUAUUAAAUUUUCCCUCUACUACCUUCCCAACUUCUCACUUACAUGAAGGCUGCACCCACGUUGCGAAGUAUGUCCAUUUUUUUGAUUAUUGCACGGUCGCCACUAAUGUUUUGUACUUAAAAUAGUAGAUAAAGUGACUAAGGUUUUUAUAAAAAAGUGACUUACUUAAAUACAUAAAUAAAACAACGUUUCUUAAGAUUUAGCUUAAUUUUUAAAUAUUUUAUUAUAAUUUUGCCAAGAUGCAUUAUUUAUGUAAUUUGUAUUGGACAUAACCAUGAAAUUGUAGUGAGAUGAAAACAUACCCAUUUUAAAAAUGUUGAUAGAAUAGAAUAGAUAUUUAUAAUUAUAAAAUUACAAGUAAUUACAAAUGUACAUAGUACUAAUUCAAAGAAUUGAUUAUUUUUCAUUUAUUAUGUAAAUAACGAAGAAUACCUAAUAAGGUUCCAGAUUACAUUUGAUUGACUAACCAGCAUUUAUUACAAUGUUACAACUAAAAUUAAAGAUAUUUAAUAACUUAGAUAAUUAAAAUAUAAUUUAGUUCGAUCUAAAUGUAAAAAAAAAUAAAUUAUAUCACUCUUUGUAUAACAAUACAUCUCAAAAUGUUUGGCAAAAAUAAAUAAUUCGAAAAAAUGUUUACGACAAAUUUAAAAUAAAAGAAGUGACUUUAAAGAUAAAAAAGGGACUUUUAGUGACUUAUAAAAAAAAAAUGUGACAUUUAGUUGAAAAGGUGACUGAGUGGCAACCUUAUUGUUGAUAAUAUCUGAUAUAAUUAAUAUUAUAUAUAUUAAUAAUUUUAAACUUCUUAUGAUUAUAAUUCUAAUAUAAAUAUAUAUAAGCAAUUUAAUCAAAUUUACUUACAGUUGUACAUGAUGGUAUGUUUCCAUUACUGAGUUGAAAAAAUGUUUGUAAAGUGUCAUUUUGGGGAAUUGUUUGAAAAUAUUUAGACCUAACAUAAUUCAAUGUUUUUGAAUCCAUAAAUAAUGCUAAUAUAAAAGCUAACCCCCAGUCUUGAUUUAAUAUAGCAAAUUCUAAAAACAAACACAACAAUGAAUACUUAAUACAGUAAUUGGUAUAAAUUAAUCAUAUAAUAUACACUUUCAAAUAAUUAAAUUACAAAAAAAUAAAAUAAAAUAAAAGCAUUUGUAAAUCCUAAAAAGUAAAUUUAUUUUAUAUUAUUAUAGUUAGUAUUUUAAGUUAAGUAUAAAAUAUUAAAAUCAAAUUAACUGUGUAGUAAUAAAAAUGUACAUGAAGUUUGUAUUACAAUAAUAAAAUAUGUACAGAAUGAUUCACUAAGCAUGCUCACUUCAUUUUUUUUUGUUCAAUUUUGCAUAAAUUCCGAUUUUUGGAAUUUGGAAAAGAUUAAUGAAGCACUAAUAAAAAGUUAGAUUUUUCACAACAUUUAAGAAAUAUCCUGUGGUAAUACUAACUUUGGUUUUUCAAAUGAGAACCUAUGUUAAAAAUUCCAUAAAUAGAUGAAGUAUUAGUUUAAAUAAAUGUUGGUAUUAAAAUUUUUAAUUUCUGUCAACCCGUUAACGAGAUAUUCCUCUUUUAAGUUUAGGCAAGGGGGAGUAGUGGAACAGUAUUAAAACGCAGUGCGUCGUACUGUCACGCAGCAAAUAAUAUUUCACUACUCUUUCCUUACCUAACCUUAAAAAUGGAAUUAACGGGUCGACGGAAAUCAAAAAUGUUGACAACAUAAAGUACUUAAAGUAAUACUAAAUCUAUUUAUGGAAUUUUUAAAUAGGUUCUCAUUUAAAAACCAAAUUUGAUAUCACCACACGUUUCUUAAAUGUUGUGAAAAAUCAAAGUACUCGAAAAUAUCGGCUAUAACUACAAUUAAAAAUUCCAAAUUUUAAUAUAAGAAAAAUUUAACAAAUAAAAAAAAAUGGAAAGAACACUCAAUUAGUCACCAUGUAUAUAUUUUUUAAAAUAAUUUUGACAUUAAUAAUAAUGAAAUUAAUUUAAUUAUAUACAUUCUAGACAAUUUUUAACUCAAAACUAUUUUGAUUAAUUUUAUCAAAAACUGCAAUCUGGUUAUAUUAAUUAUUCGACAACUAUCACAUAAUUAUAUUAAAUUUAGUGUAUUAACAUUUGAAAUAAUGAACAAUUUUUGUUUUGAUUUAAAGAUUGAAUACUCUUCUUUUUUUAAAUGCUUACUUAUAACAAAUAUAUUAUUUUUUUUAAUUCAAAAAAAGUUAAAAUGCAAAUAAUAAUCAUAUUGUUAAUUUUUAAAAUUAUUUGAUUUCUAUAAAGUUGCACCAACCUAAAGCUUCAGAUUUAUUUCCUUGAGAAAGUAAUUUUCUGAAAUUAUUUAAGGGUUCAACUGGCAUUCCCUUGACAUUAUUUAAGCUAAUAUUUUCAAAUAAUAUUCCAUCGACAGGAUUUUUAGCUACAUUUUCCAUUAAAAGUUCAGAUAUAUCAGUUCCAUCAACAAACUACACACAAAAUAAAUUUUAAAACUUAUAUAUAAUUAUUAGUAUUUAUAACAGAAUAAAAUUAUAAAAAAUUAAAUAUUAACACUACAGGAAUCCUAUAAUAUACUUUUACUUACCCCAUUUCGUUUAGUUAUCAUACAAAUUAAUUUAUAUAGCAGAUGUUCUGAAUUAUUGGAUGUUUCCUCUGCUAAUUUGUUUAAAUAUUGUGCAACUGCAUUUUUAUGUGUUUUACCUCUACAAAAAAAUUUGCAAUUUACUGGUUACAUAAUAUAAAAUCUGAACAAUAUCGAAUUGCUUUUAUACUAACAUCACAAAAGGAGUAGGAAAUCUGAAAAGCUCAGCAGUGUCAACAUCAUCAGAUUCAGGCAUUGCUUUAAAAAAAUUUAUUGUUGCAUUUGAAGAGUCUAACAUAAAUAAUUUUCCAAAUCCCAUAUUCAUUUUUGCUGAAAGUAAAAAAAAAAUAUUAGAUUAAAAUAUAUUAAUAGAUAAAAAUAUAAUACCAAAAACUAAAAUUCAUAAAAUGUAAUCUUAUGAAGUAAUGAGUUAGUUUUAAUAAUUAUAUGUUAUUGUUAUAAUUAGAGGCUUGAUUUAUAUUCUCUUAUAAUCCAUAAAAAAGGGCUAUAAAACAUCAAAAAUUGCUGAAAAAAGUAUUUACAGAAAUUUAAUAAAGCAAAAAUUAUAGAAUUUGAAAGUCUCUCCACCAAAGGCUCUAACUUAAUAAAUUAAAUUUCCUAAUAGUACAAAAUAUUUUAUUUUAUAUAAAAUUGUAUUUAUAAAUUAAAUCAGUUAGAGUAGGAACAAUAAAACCCUUCUAUUAUUUUUGCGUUUUUGUACAAUUUUAAGUGAUAUUUUUCAAGGGUUUUUGUGGAUUUUAAGAACAUAUAUAUCUAGUCUGUAGUUAAGCUAUAUCAUUCAGAAGUAUUUAAGUUAAUAGUAAAUGAUAUAAAAAUAGGAAUAAAAUAAUACAUUUAAAAAGUAACAUCUUAGAUGAACUAUUAAAACUAUACAUUACAAUUAAAAAUGUUAUUCAAUAAUAAUUAGUAUCAAAUAAAAAUAAUAAUAAUAUACUAUAAUUCACUUAAGUAAAGAAACAAUUAUAACUAUUAAAAAUAAUUUUUAAUUACCAUUUAUGUGAUAUUUUUGAUAUCUAAAAGGGGUAGUUCGAUGAAUUUCUUUUUCUUUGUCUAGUCUAGCCAUAUGGUUCAAUGGACCUCUAAACAUGUAAAGAAAAUAUAUAGAUUGUAUACAGAGUGAUUAGAAUUUAAUGUUACAGUAAUUUUCUCCUAUAAAUAGAAAAUAAUUUAUAAUGAAAUAUUUUUAUUACAUAGUGUAAUUUAAAAUUGUAUUUGCUUGAAAUUCCAUAGAUGGAUGGAGAAUUAGUUUAAAUAAAUGUUAGUAUUCAAAUUUUUAAUUUCCAUCAACCCAUUGAUGAGAUAUUCCACUUUUUAGUUUAAACAGGGGGGCAUAGUGCAACACUAUGCACUUAUGUUUUCAAAAUUUGACCUCAAAUUUUCUCCAAAAGGGUGUCUAAAAAUUUGAGCAUAAAUAUAAUUUUCUAUUGCUUAAUAAAAAUGAUUCGUUAUAAAUUAUUCUCUAUUUUGUAUAUUUAUAGGAGAAAUUUGUUGUCAUAUAAAAUUCUGUACACUCUGUGUACAUAUUAAUUUACAAUGAAAUAGUUUAAUUUUAUUUAAAACUUACAUGUCAUGUGAUUGAGUUGAUACUGGUGAACUACAUUCUGAACCAUUUUUGGUCCUCGAUAUUAGUUUUUGCAUUUCAACUUUGGUUUUAUAACUUGUAUACCAUUCAGUAUAUGCUUUAGGGUUAUCUUCUCGAAAUUCCAAAAGAAAAUUCCUCCCUAUAAAUAUUUAUAAAUAUAUAAUUUGUAGGGAGUAAUAAUUAAGAAAUUAUUUGUAAGAUUUCAUACUUUUCAAUGGAUCCAUCAUUUCAAUAAAAUCUUGAAAUGGUACAGAUGAGUAUCUUUUAUGAUAUUCUGAAUCCGUUCUACUAGAUGGUCUAUGGCGAUAAUUAAAUUCAUCUCUCCUGUAAUACUGACUGCUAAAAACAAAAACAAAAAACUUAUACCAAAAGAUUUAUUUCAUUUAUUAUUAAAAUCAAAUGAUAAGUACUUUGUGUCAUCUUGAUAUUUUCUAUCUCUAAAAUUUCUAGGAUGUCUGCUGCUGUAUUCAGAUUCAGGACUCCUAAUGUUAAAAUUAAACUUAUGUUAACAUUAUUAUAAUGAGAUAAAUUUAAAUCAGAAAUUAGUUAAAAUACUAGUUAAAUAAUAGUUACAUUUAUAUUAAAAAAAAAAAAAUUAUAUUAAUGAUGUAGAUUAUGUUUUCCGGAGUACAUUUUGUUUUUAACUGGCACUGCAACUAUAAACUAUGUUGAAAUACCAGAAUGAAUAACACACAAUUUCCCACAAACCAUGCAACUAAAUCAAAUCAUUAGUGAAAAUACAAAACAAAAAAAAUAAUCGAAGACCAAUAUUGACAUAUUCAACAUUGCAUAUUUGAAUUUGUAAAUCCUUGUAAUAUAUAACAAUUGACAAUUAAUUUUACAUUUAAUUUAAAAACUGAAUUUAGAAUAAGAUAGCUAAAUAUUGAACUAGUAUAAUAUAGAAUAUAUUAUUUCAAUUAGAUUAAAAACUUUUUUCCAGAAAAAAUAUAUAUUAGUAUAACUAAUAGUCUUUUUGUUCUAAUCUUAGUUUAAAAUAUAUUAAAUCACUGUAAAUCCUAUGAGCAGCUCUACUACCUACCAUACUGCUUAUGUAAGUUUUGGCAUUAUAAUGUAUAAUAUCUAGAAAAAGCAAGAAUAAUGUAAAUUGCCUAGCGGUUUUUGGCAAUAGCCAUAAUACUUUAGGUACAUAUUAAGAUAACAUUUAGAUACACAAUACAUUUUUAAUUCAUAAUUAAUACUUUACUCUUGAUAUAAUUUGUAAUUAAUUUAAAUUUUUACCUAUAUCUCCUCCGCCUCUCAUAAUCAUCAAAAUCAUCAUAUUCACUUGGAUAUUCUAUGUCUGAGUGGUCGUAGCUGUGCAAAGCAGGACAAAAAUAUUCCAGUUAUAUAUGGGAGUUAAAUAUUAAUUUAUUUUAAAGAAAAGGGCUAAAUUGGUUAAUUGCAAAAUAAAAUAUAACCAAUAAUAUACAAACAAAAUUAUCAAAAUAACUAAUAUUAGAUUGAAAAUAAUUAAAUACUUGUCAUGAUGAACUCUUCGUCUAUAUUGUUUGGGUUGGUGGUUUUGAGAUCGGUGAGAUCGAUAUUUAGGUUCUACCUUGGGACUUGAUGAAGCAUUGUCUUCUUCUUCUUCUUCUUCUUCAUAAAAGUAAUCUUCUUCACUUCUGUUAAUAUAAUUAUUAAUAAUUUAAAUAUAAAAUCUUAAAUUCCAGGAAUGAAGAGCAGCACUUGAAGGAAAGGGACUAAGAAUAAGUUGAGUAAGAGUUUGGAGGAACAGGAAAAGAUAGCUAAUGACAAUAAACAGUUAUAAGUGUGAUAUUGAGAGUUUUAAGGAUUUAGGAUAUUUUGUACAAAAGAAUGGUGGCUUUCAUUAAGAUGUGAAACAGGAUUAAGUGCGGUUUGAUAAAGAGGAGAGAAGAAUUCCAAUCAGAUUUAAAAUUAAGUUUUACAAAAGUGCACUGAAACUGACUGUUUUAUUGUUUUAUGGUUUGGAGUGUUGGGCAGUAGACACAAAAAUACAACAGAAAAUACAUAGGUGGAUGAGUAGAAUAUUGGGAGAAGUUAGGAUAAGAGUCGAGUACAUAUGAGGUAGCUUCUAAAGUAGACAAAAAUAGAGAAAAUAAAUAAGUAACAGAGAAAAAGGAAUCUGAAGAAUUGUAAUAAAAAUAAACAUAGGAGGAAAAAUCUGAAGACUAUGAAGACUAAAAAGAUAUCCUAGGAUAACGGGAAUGGGUGCAGCCACUGUUAAAGGUAAUUUAAUGUGUACCUAAAAGCAACGAUAAACCAUUACUAACAAAAAAACGAUUCUGAUCGGAGUUCAAUCAAUAGUAAUCCUUUGUCAACAACAUAUGUCAUAUAAUAGUAAAAUAAUUAGACUGUAUACAUUUUCUUUAACAAUACAGUGGAACCUUAAUAACUCGAACCAGUCCGGGGCAAACAAAUUUCAAGUUAUUAAAAAUAUUUUUUUAUACAACAGACUUUAUUUUAUAAUUUUAUUUAUUUAUUUAUUCCAUGUAUAUGUAUAUUGUAAAUAUUUGAAUGUAUGUAUGUAUUAUAAAUGUAUAAAAAUAUUCUAUAGAAAAAUAAAGAAAUUAUGUAAUACAUAAUUAAAGUAGCACUAUUUUUGAUUGCUUUUUAGUGUUUAAUAAAGAACUAUUUGUAAAGUAUUCAAUUAAGUUAAAUGUGAAAAAAUCUCGUCUGGAAUUUCUGAUUGUUCACGAAUGUAUUUAUGUAAUAAAACUCUUUAGAAAAUUGAAAAUCUGGUCAAGUGGACAAAAGAGGAUGAGGGUGGUUGACCCCAGAGUUGGAAUGAAGGUGGAGAAGAAUAAGACACUUAUUUGUGUUUACAGUAUGUACAUUUGUGCAAUGCUACCAAAAUAAAUUAAAACUGUAAUGUUACAAAAUUAUGGCACAUAGCUUUCGAUACUUAAAUUUUAUCUUUGAGAGCCUAUAGCAUUAUAUUAUUAUUGUAUUUACUAUGUUUUUCUGUCUUUGUUUUCUUUUUUCUAGUUAUAAUAAUUAUUAUUAAUUGAAGUUUCAAUCAAAAUAUAUAUAUUCAUCUAAAUUUAAAUUUAAUAAAAUUAUAUAAUUGUACUUCUGAUUUUAUUAAAUUGCAUUAACAUAAAUGAAAAUAAUAGUAAUAACAAUAAUAAUUUUUAUAGUUUUAAAUGAAAAAUUAUUAGAAAAAUAUAGUAUUUCAACUUACUCUUUAGGAUAACGGUAAUGUCUUCUAUCUCUAUUUUGAUAGUGUUCCACAUUUGAAUAUUUUUUUGGUUGAAGCCCUCUUCGGAUACUUUUAUGACCCUCAUCUGACACUGGAUGGAUAUUUGGUGGAACUGAUGAAUUUGAAUCAAUUGAAUGAAGUCGUUUUCGAUGAUCAUUUUUAUGAGUAAUCUUUGAAAGCUUAGAUUUGUUAUCACUUUCUCCAAUGUUACCUUCAACCAUUCUAUCAAAUCCUGGAGGUGGUGGAGGAUGUUUUUUUUCUAUUCUUUUAUUGUUUCUAUCAUAUUCUUGAAUUCGUUCAAUACUUUCUGAUGGAGUAGGUGCUGAUAAUUUUAAGCAAUUAUCUUUCUGGGAAUCUAAUACUGGUUUAACUUGAUUUUGAAUAGUUGAUCUUAAAUAAGGGCUUGUUUCAUUCAUGUAUCCAUCUGGUCCAGUUCGUUCAAAAACUUCAUGGUCUAAAAUUCUGGGACGACCCCGUUUUAUCACAGUAGUAGGCUCUUUAAAUUCAGGUUGUGAUUCAUUUCUAAUUGAUUUAUAAAUAUCAAUAUCUGAAAUAACUCUAGCUGAAUCAUCCAAUUUUUGAUUAUCAUUUGGUUGAUUAACAAAAUCUUCAACAUCUCUAUGUAAAACUUGACGAGAAUGGCCUUCAAAUUGAUUUUGAAAUUGUACUAAUGAUGGAAUCCUUUUUGGAGUAACUGAAUUGUUAAGAGUACUUUGAAAAUUAGCAUUAUUGUCUAUUGGUCUACUUCCAAUUUUAGAACCUGUGACAUGUCGAUGAACAGGAAUAUCAUCAUCACUUAACUGGCCAGGUACUGUUCGAACAUCAAAUGGUUGUGGACCACAUUGGUCUGAACCUGAAUAAUCAUCUAAUGAUUUUGUUUGACCAGUAACUAAUCGAUGAAGUCCAAGUGGUGGCCUAUCUAAAAGUCAUAAAAACAGAUUAUAAGUAAUUAAAAUCAGAACUUUGAUAGUUGUACAUUUUUUUUAUAUGCAAAAAGUAUAUUUGUUUGUGUAGUUUUAUGACUGGCACAGCCGCCUCACGCCACAUUAUCCCCUCAACCGUAUGGCUGCUUCACCAACCUGCCCAAACCCGGUGCAUUCAAGACCAGCAUUCAAGUCCAAAUAGUCAAAUAGUGUCAGUGGUAUCAGAGCAAUUGCUCGGCAUGCAAGAGACUCGGAUUGGAUUUAAGGUCCGGCCACCUAAUUUUAGUUCUAAUUUCUCGACGAGAACGGUCGUGUCAUAACAUAUUAUCAGUAAUAAUAAUAAUAAUAAUAAUAAAAACAUACCGUCAUCAUUUUCUGUAGAAUUCCAUUUAGUAUCGACAGUACUAUUACAUACAUUGGAAUUCAUUACCUAGAACAAUAUAUAAAUAUUUUGUUUUACAAGAAUAAAUUAUUUUAUUUUAAUAUGUAAAAAAAAAACUCCAAAAUUAACUUUAUAUUAAAUAUUGUUCAAAUAUUUUUGUAUUUGGAUCUUUUUAUUGUUUUUAAACAAUUAUUUACUAAAAUUGCUAUAAGACAGUCAGAGAUAUAAAAAUCUAAGUACACGACUUUGUUAAAUAUAGUACCUAAGUUGUAUGAACUUUUAAAGUUGUUGGUUCAAAGUUUUUGUAUUUUACCAAGAGUAGUUAAUGAGAACAAUUUUUGAGAUUUGAUUAGAAAUCAUUCGCUUAUUGAUAUAAAGAAAAAAAAAUUUUUUUACCUAGAGAUAAUUUUGCAAAAUUCUUUAAUUAAAUGUAUUAAAAUCCAUCCAUAUUAUUAAGAAAAUUACAACAUUUUAAAAAGUUUCUAUAAUUUAUCAACUAAACAAAAUUUGCUAUUAGAAACUACCUUCGAAGUUGAUGAUUGAAGCAAAAUAUCUUAUAAAAAACUUGUUUACAGACAGAAUAAAGCUCACUUAUAAUAAAACUUUUUGCCCAGAACCUAAAAUCAUAAUUUUAAAGUUUUAACUUUUUUUUUACUAUUUCACUAUUUCCAUAAUGUAUAAAUACUUAUGAAUCACAACUAUAAAGCCUCAAAACCAUACCUUUCUAAAUCUCUAUUAUAAUUUAGGACCUAUAAUAAAAAGAAACCCCUACCUAUUUCACCAGCUAUAUUAAGUAAUAAUUUUUAACUUACCUCAUCAUUUAUUUGCAAAUUACUUAUUGCAACUGGAAGUGAAUCAUUUUGAAAUGAUUCUGGAGGAAGUAUUUCUCUAUUUUCAACAUCAGUCCAGUAAUUAUCAUCGAUCCCAAUACCAUUAUCACUAUUUUUAACAUCAACAUCUUGACUAAUAAAUGUAUGUUGGGUAUUGGUUAUUUGUUCAUGUUGGUUUUCAAAUUUAUCAAACCAAUUAUGGUUGAUGACUGAAAACUUAUGUUGUCCGUUUUCAAUUCCAAUAUUUUCGUUAUGAGCAGGCCUAUUGGUAUUAACUAUAGAUUGAGGUGUUCCAUUAUAAGAGUCCGGAACAGAAAAACUAUUUAAUGGUAAAUCUGAAUUUAGAGUAGAAUUCAUUAUUUGUGCAUUCAAAUUUGUAUUAUUUGAUGGAUGUUCAAUAGAAUUCCAAUCAUCCGUACUACAAUUCCAUUCAUCAUUUUGUUGAGAUACUUUCGGCUUUAUUAGACAAAAUUAAAAUAACAUUAUUACCUAUAAAAUUCAUUUAUUUAUUUAUUGAAACCAAUUAUUAUCAAAGAAAAUAUUUUUAAAAAAUCUGAUACUAAAUAUGAUUUCAAAAAAAAAAGAUAAAAUUGCUCAAAACUAAAAUAGACAAAAUUCAAUCAUAUUCAUUAAUUGCAUAGUAUCUAACCCAUAUUAUCCAUUUGAAAUUUCCUUUCAUGAUUUUAAAAUUUAACGUAGUAUUAACUUUGAUGAAAAUUAAUAUACUACUUAAUAAAUGAUAUUAAGUUAAUUCAACUAUUCUGUUCUAGGAUAAUGGGGACGGGUGCAGCCACUGUUAUAGGUAAUUUAAUGUAUAACUGUUAGCAACGACUAACCAUUGCUAACGAAAAAAUGAUUUUAAAAGGAGUUCAGUUGAUAGUGUAGUUGUUUUGUCAACAAUUUAUAUGUCAUAUCAUUUGAAAAUAAUUGCAAUAGGGAAUAAAUAUUUUCUUUAUAAAUAUUUGUUCAAUAUUGUACCUAUUUUCCCGUUUUUCUAAUUUAUCGAGAAAAAUAGUGAGAAAAUAAAAAUUGACCUCUCCAAAGUACCUCCCUAGUCAAAUUUCCUUUUCUAUAAAAUGUUAUUAAUAUAAAUCUGAGUAAAAUUGCUGGAAGAAAAGUUGUUCACAAGAAAACAAAGGCUGUAAUAUUUUUUUCAACUAAUACCUACAUUUUGUACAUUGUCCUAUUUAUCCUCAAUUUUUUUUUUUAUUUUGGUUUUUCAUAUUUAUUCAUAAAACCCUUCAGAAAAUAAUUUCUGGUUGAAAAUUUGAGCAGAUAAAAAAAAAUAAAUAAUACUAAACAUCAUUGUAAAACCAUACGCUUAUUGGCUCCACUCAUAAUCUAAAAUACAAGANAUCAAGACGAAUAAAACUGAAAUGUGGGCUAAAUGCUAAAAAUGUGACCAUGAACUGCAGGUAAGAGUGGACCAUUUAAGUUGACAUUUAUAUGUAUACAUUUCUAAUGGAAAUUAUGAUGAUAAAUAUAUAAAAACAAGUUUAUACAAUUAUUAAUUGUUUGUUACGAACAUAUGAUAUAAAUAUAUUUAAUUUAUUGUUUGUCAUGCAAUUAGGCUUACAUGUAACAAUUGUAAAAAUAAAAAAAACCAAAAUCAUGUUGAAAAAUCAAAUAAAUAAGAUCAUAAUAUGUUUGAACAUAUCAGCACGUCCUACAAAGGACAUAACUCAAUUUUGCCAACUGUUUAGUGUAGCUAUUUUAGUUUUUAGAAUUCAACAAUUAUUUAGAUAGGACAUUUUAUUCUGAAGUUAUUAGCCAUAGGACGUUUGGUCCCCGACAUAUUUUGUUAUAGGAUAUUUAAUUCUCAGGUUUUUUAAAUCAUUAUUAUUUAUUAAUUUCUUUAAAGUUUAUUAUUUUACUAAUAAUUAAUACAUUUUUUUUGAAUGAACAAUUCUGUAAUGUCUAAUAUAGUACAUACUAAAUAGGCUAAAAGUAAAUAAUUAAGAUUUUACGUGCACUAUACAGCCAAACAGAUUUGUGAGCUGAAAUUCUAAAUUUAUAUUAAUACAUCAAAUUAUGGGGUUUUCAAAUAGAUAUAAAAUACUUAGUAUAUCAAAAGUUAUUAAGAUAAACCUAUCCGAUAAAAUACUAACUUUUUAUACUAACUAUUUCAACAAUUCUACACACUCACUGUACACAGUUAUAUUUUGUUUAUAUUGUAAUGUGUAUAUAGUACAAAUAUGGAAUAUUUAAUUACAAAAAGAAAUAAAUUUACUAUNAUGUGUGUUCACAAAGACUUGUGCAAUGGAACAAUUUUAACAGACAAUGAAAUAACUACCGUUUUUUAAAUUUGGAGCUCAUAGUCAUGAAGGUGAUACAGAUUUUAUUAACGCAGAAAGAGCUAAAUGUACUAUAAAGAACACAGCAAAGUAAAAUUAUGAUUUACCAUUUUGAAUUUACGCAUGAAAUGUGAUUAAUUUAUCAGACAAAAACAAAAAAAAUGCAUAAAAUGGUGUUUACGGAGUUUUCACAGCAGUAUCUAUCUAGAAACUUCAAAAAUAGACAAUAUUUUACUGGAAGAAACAUACUGGAGUAUAAAUGGUAAAGAAAAUUCAGUCUUUUUUAUUUUAUGACAAUAAAAAUAGUGAAAACGUGUUAUAAUUUUCACUUCAUUGAUGUAUUGGAUUGGUGCAUUGAUGUAUUAAAAACAUACCAAAAUUAUUUAUAUGGACAGAAUAUUUUCUAUUUGCCCUUUUGAAUUUUAUUAAGUUUAUAUAUUACACGCAAGUAUAGAAAAUAUUAUUCCUGUGGUGUACACUUUGCUUCAGCAUAAAAAUAAAGAAACUUUCAUUGAAUUACUGGCUGCUCUAAAAAAUAAAUUUGAAUCACUUUCAAUAAUUUCAAUAGAUUUUGAACAUUCUAUAUUGGCAAUUAAGCAAGUAGUCUACUUUGAUUCAACUUAUGUCAAUGAUACACAUAAAUCCAUUAUAACAAAGUACAGUACAACUCGCUUUUUACGACAUCUACCAAUAUUUUCACCACACAUAUGGAAAGUGUACAAUGCCAUAAAAGAAGGCUAUUGUUUGACCAAUAACAAGUCAGAAGGGUUCAACAAUAAAUUAAAAAAUAUUGUAAGAAUUAAACAUCCUAACAUAUAUAUAUAUAUAUAUUUAUUGAAUCAAUACAGAUGUGCAAUGCGUCUGUAACUACAGCAUUGAUACAAAGAAAAAAAAAAUAUAUAAUAAAUGUACUAAAGAAAGUUAGAUUUAAGGAUAAGAAAUUACAAUCAUAAUGUAUAGGUUUUAAAUAUAAUGAAGAUAAUGACAUUUUAUACUAUUUAAAAAACAUAUGACAAUUGACCUAAAAAUAAAUAUAUAAUUUACCUUAGUAUUAUAGUAGUUGGUUUUAAUUUAUUCAAUUUUAUGUUACUAUUUUAAUGUUACUAACUCCUAUCUGGUCUUACGGUAUACAAGUAUGGGAAACAGCCAAGCCAUCAAACAUUAAAAAAAUCCAAGCAUUCCAGUCUACCUCGCUCCGCCUAAUAACGGGCGCACCCUAUUAUGUCUCCAAUCACACAUUACACUCUGAUCUUCACAUCAACACCGUAUCCAAAACUGCAUCUCUCUUUUACAAACGAUUCCGAUCCCGCCUAGUCAACCACCCAAAUCCUCGUAUAAGAGAUCUCAACUCAAAUACUAUUCCCGGAAAUCCCCCUAGACGACUAGCUCGCCGUUGGUGCAGAGACCUCGGCAACCUGUAUUACCCAUUAAUUAAUAACAGUCAAGGUAUUAAGUGUCACCGCUGGGUGGCUUCUUUUAUCGGUCAAUUCACGCUAAAAUAACUAUUCGCCCAUACGCUUAUUGUAAAAAUUGAAUUUACAGAUUGUGUAUUACUUUUUAAAAAAUUAAAAAAAAAAAAAAAAAUUCAUUUUUAUGACAUUUUGUGUUGACUUAAUAUAAUUGUAAUUUAUUUAAAUUUUGAAUACUUGUAAUUAUACCACAUUAAGUUGCUUAUUAAAAAUGUAUGUAUUUAGAUUAUAAAAGUAUGCUGGGGACCAAACAUCCUAUAGCUAAUAACUCUCCAGGACAAAAUGUCUUGACUUAAUAAUUACCAAGGAUAAAAUGUUCGUGAACUGGUUUUUUUGAUGGAGACAAAAUGACAAAAUGGCAGGGGUGAAAUAUCCACAAUUCCAAUUUUUCAUACCCAAUACAAUACUAAUGUGACUAAUAUGAUUGGUUGUUGUUUAUAAAGAAUAAAUUUGACAGUCAAAGAAAAAGCCAAAGAGUAUGACUAAUUAAGAAAUAUAAAUCCAGACUUUUUAACCAAUAUUAAUAUGUUAUCAACAUCUUUAAUAUCAUAUAUGUAUAAGAAUUCAUUCAAAUCUAUGAUAUCAAUUACUUAGUGGUAUUCUGUUAAUCAAUAAUCAAUUGAUAUUUGAUUGGGAAAGUAUAAAAGAUCAGUAUCCAACAUUAUGCAAUCAAAGUUGAAAAAUAGGUUUGGAAAUGUAAAAUCUGAAAAGUUGAUAUUUGCAAAUAAAUAUAUUAACACUUUAAAAUAAAAAGACCAAAUAAUACUAAUUGAAUUUAAUAGAAAAAAGUAGUAUUACCUGAUGAAAAUGAAGAAAUAAAAGAGCUCAAUGAUAAUUUUCAUACAUAUAACAGUAUAAUAAUGAUAAUACUAUGUGAUACAAAGUGAUGGUUUUUAUUGUUAUUUGUUUAUAUUAAUGAGUUAAAAUUAACAAGUUAUUCAAGUAAUAAAUACAAUAUUUUUUGAUUCAAUACCUAUAACCAUUUAGAGAUACGUUUUGUCCUUUUUUAAAAUUAAUAAAUAAUUUGUUUUCAUAGUUUACAUUACUAUUCAAUAAUAACUGAUCCCUGAUAAAAAGAGUUAAACAUUUGAGAAUACUAUGUUAAAACUUACUGGUUGUUGUAUGAAUUUCGAAGAAGAAUCCAAAUUGCUCCAAAAGUUUUUGUUGGACAUGUCUGUAUUUAUAGUCUAUGCUCUAUUCAAAAUAGAUUUUUUUAAAAGUUAAGAUUUUAUCUAUUUAGAUAAGUAACAUAAAAUAUCACUAGUUGGAUUUCAACAAUUGACAACUUUACUUACCCUUUCAUUUGAAGAUUUAUUUUAUUUCAUUAUUUAAUUCAUAUUAUAUAGAAUUAAAAACUAACUAAGAUCGAUGUAUUCAAGAUAUUCUGUAAAUUUUUUCUAUUAAAAUACUACUUUCACAAAUACGGAAAAAGUUGAAUCGUUCACGUCACUGAAAAAU